AUGCAGCAGCAGCAGAAGCGAGGACUCAGUGGACAGCGAGUGACACCUAGGGAGCAAGGAAUAGUCGGGCAAGCUGCGUUUGCCAAAAUUCACUUCUGUGUGUCGCUCGAAUUUUGGAUUUGCUUUUCGGACGAUGAUUGUGACUUGAAGACGCAGUAUUGCAACAAAAUUUGCUUGUGUCGACGGGGAUUUGAACCGGCUGGUAUUCAAAGUCCAAGUUCUUGCAUUCCAUCAGAUCCCAUGUCCAGAUGCUACAUUUGCUCAGAGACAGCAAUAUCAACUGACUCAUGCACACAUUUCCUUGGUGAGGCUGUGAACUGUCCACCUGUGAUCACUGGUGAAGGGAAAACUGGAUGCUUCAUAUCCCUUGACAGUCUAGGAAUGGUGAGAGAAAGAGGUUGUGGGUCAGUGUAUGGGAGCUGGACUGAGAUGAACUUCAGGGAGCCUUGUGUGAUUGUUUCUGAAACCCCUUUCAGGCUGAAAUGCACCUGCAUGAACAGCUACUGCAAUGACUUCACUGGAAAACUGGAAGUUUCCGUAUGUGAUACUGAGGAGCUGAAAGAAAUAGGCAAGAGAAGCAUCAAAGGCCUGGUUGAUGCCCAAAGAGAAUGGAGACAUGGACAGCAACCAUCCACACCUCAAAGGACACCAAAGCCAACACCACCAAGAAAUCCACCCAAAAUCCCAGCAGAGGCCCACAAGUUCAUCAAGUGUGUGAAAAUCAGGGGAGAGAAUCCAUGUCCUGGCAUUCAGCCAGCAAGAUGCACUGUCAUGUCCUCAGAUUGUAUGGACAAAGUUGCUACUGAGACCAUCACCAAGAUCAAGUGUGCUCUUCAAGAGAAGGGUGCAUCACUUUAUGGGAUACCAGGAGAUAUUUCCAUGAACUAUAUUCACUUGUUUGGACAAGAGGUUUGGUGUGAGCGCUCAAAGGUCUCACUGGAACUUAGAGAACUGAGACGAAUGUUGGCUGAAGCUGAGAAAGAGGCUGAAGAGGCUUUUCAGUGUUCUGAAAAUGCAAUGAAGGGAAUUUGUCCAGGUGCUGGUGAGAGGAUAGAUGCUUUAAUUGGAGACUACAAGAGAAUCCAGGGUUGCCUGAAGCACUUGAGGGACAGGAGGGUCGCUUUGCAUAAGAAAGCUCGUGAACUAUGCAAGACACUGACUUCAUCAACUGAAGUCCUCUACGAACCUCUAGGCAUUGGGAUCAGAGCAUUGCUGGCCCGCCGAGGGGGCCACUCUCCAAUGGACAGCAUGUUCUCCAACUUGGCCACUGACAUGGCCCGAUCAGCGGAGACUCUCUUCUCUGGCCAAGAAAUGACCAAAUGCCGCAACUUCUUCAGCGAGGUUGGUCAGUGGGCAAUAGGCCUCCUUCAAUCUGCGGCCUGGGCAUCAGUUUCCAUGUGCGAGUGGCUCCAGUUGCGAGGACCACAGUUUCCUGGACUACCGAAGGCAGUGACAUCUGACGGCGACGAAGAAAGAAUUCCGGCUGAUGAGAAGGAGUGGUUGUAUGCAGAUGGCCCUAGUUUACCGAAGCGUCCUACGGCGUAUAGGCAAUGGGCAGUUUCGAGAGACGCGUAUCUACUUUACAGUGAAGCUUCACACUUCCGGGAGGCAAGUUAUUGCCUCCUGGUGUCCCAUGGAUUCACUUCGGCGGAAGCCGCGCUCGCCGUACCUGCAUUUCCGGAAAAGCAUCGAAAGAAAAUACUCGAACGGCGGGUUAAUGAAGAUUACUUGAACGGGGAAGUGGAUGCGUGGCGAGGCCGGUGGGUAGUGCAGGCCGCCAUCUUGUCACGUCGUUUUUCGGGCGUCAAAAGCAUCCGUAAUUCAAUAAUUACUCACAAACACACCAGUUGGAAAGAGCACAGCCUCAGGUGGCACACACAUACACCACACAAAAUAGCAACACUAGCUGUUCUUAUUGCUGAUGAUGAUGAUGCCAUCCUCAUCAAAGGCAGCAUUAUCCACACCAGCAGCAGUAACAGCAAAAGUACCACUCUGGUCCCUAGUAGCUGCUCCUGCACCACCACUAUCAUUAUUACCUGCUUCCAGAGCAUCAGAAGAAGAGGCCUCACCUUUGCCCAUCCUCUUUCUCCAACACUUGGCCUGCACCACAAUCUCAUCAUAGAACCUCAAACUGCGCAGUGGCCUGGGCAGAAAGCGCCACCCGUGGCUCCUCAGUGGCUCCGGCAACCACUGCGGUCUCCGCCGCUUCACCACAUUCACCAGCACCACAACAACGGCCAGGACCAAACACGGCACCAACACUGCCAGAAACACCACCUCCCCACCCUGGGACAGUGCAAACACGCAGAGUGGGAACAUGAGGAACAUGAUGACCAAAUACGCCACUGCGAACCACCGGUACUCUGCUGUGAUGUCUCCCAGCAUUUGGGCCAGUCCCACAGGCCACCUCAUGGCUGGUACCACAGGGCUGCCUGCAGAGAGUCUCUGAUGUGGUCUGGGCCAGCUGCCAGGGCAGCUAGGACAGCUGUGGACGUGGUGCCCACAUUGGAGCCCAGGCACAGAGGGUACAUGCGGUCCAGGGUGACCAGGCCCAUGCCUGCCAACGGGGUCAGGGCUGAGGUGAAGACUGAGCUGGACUGGACCAGGAAGGUCAUGAUGGCACCCAAUGCUAUGGCAAUGUAG